AUGGCUGGAAUGUCUCGGCUACCGCCCAGCAUGUACUGGUGUGUGGGGCCAGCAGGGUCAGCUGUGUGUCCAGGACGCGCCAUGGAGACCCAGGACAACGGUGCCGGGGACAUGGGCAGCAAACUCUCUGUGCCAGGCAGUGAGCCCACAGUGCAGGGCCCGAGGACGGAAGGCAUUCAUGCUGCAUACAGGCGAGGCGACAUCAGCAGAGCCCAGCACCUGCUCCGAGAAGCUUGUGACGAGAGCACAUCCCAGCUGGAAAAGGGCCAGCUCCUGAGCAUCUCUGCUGCCUAUGGUGACCUGGAGACCGUCCGGUAUCUUCUCACUGAGAGGCUGGUGGAGCUACCAACGGAGCCCACCGAUGACAACCCCGCCGUGGUGGCAGCACAGUUUGGGCAUGCUGAUGUUGUUCAGGAGCUACUCGAGUCUUUGCCAGGUCCCUGCAGCCCCCAGCGGCUCUUGAACUGGAUGUUGGCCUUGGCGUGCCAGCAGGGGCACCUGGCAGUAGUGAAGCUCCUGGUCCUGCGCCACGGGGCCGACCCUGAGAGCCACGCAGUCAGGAAGAAUGAGUUCCCUGUCAUCGUGCGCCUGCCGCUAUACGCAGCCAUCAAGUCAGGGAAUGAAGAUAUUGCCAUAUUCCUGAUUCGGCAUGGAGCCUUUUUCUGCUCCUACAUUUUACUGGACAGUCCUGACCCCAGCAAACAUCUCCUCAGGAAGUAUUUUGUUGAAGCAAGUGCUUUGCCUGGCAGUUGUCCGGGAAAAAUGGCUCUUCGUGUAAAAUGGUCCCACCUCAAGCUGCCCUGGGUGGAUCUGGACUGGCUCAUCGACAUCUCCUGCCAGAUCACAGAGCUGGAUCUUUCUGCCAACUGCCUGGCGUCCCUCCCCUCGGUCGUUCCCUGGGGCCUUAUCAACCUCCGGAAACUGAACCUCUCGGACAACCACCUGGGGGAGCUGCCCAGCGUGCAGUCAUCAGAUGAAAUCAUCUGUUCCAGGCUACUUGAAAUAGAUAUUUCCAGCAACAAAUUGUCCCACCUCCCACCAGGAUUCCUGCAUCUCUCAAAACUUCAAAAACUGACGGCUUCAAAAAACUAUUUGGAAAAAUUGUUUGAAGAAGAGAGUGCCACGAACUGGAUUGGUUUACGGAAGCUACAGGAGCUCGAUGUUUCUGACAACAAACUGACAGAACUCCCUGCACUUUUCCUCCAUUCUUUCAAAUCACUCAGUUGUCUGAAUGCCUCCAGAAAUAACCUGAGGGCACUUCCAGAUGCCUGGGCUUGUCCUUUGAAAUGUUGCAAAGCAUCCAAAAAUGCCCUGGAGGCUCUACCAGACAAAAUGGCUGUGUUUUGGAAGAACCACCUGAAGGAUGUGGACUUCUCAGAAAAUGCACUGAAAGAAGUUCCCUUGGGACUUUUCCAGCUUGAUGCCCUCAUGUCCUUGAAGUUACAGGGAAACCAGCUGGUAGCCCUCCCACCUCCAAAGAAGUGGACCUGCAGGCAGCUCAAAGCCCUGGAUCUCUCCAGAAAUCACUUUGGCAAAAACGAAGAUGUCCUUAAAACAAAGCGCAUUUCCUUUUUCACCACCAGAGGCCGCCAGCGUUCGGGGACGGAGGCAGUGUGUGUACUGGAAUUUCCUGCUUUCUUGAGUGAGUCUUUGGAAGUCCUUUGUCUGAACGACAACCACCUGGAUGUAGUCCCACCUUCAGUUUGCCUACUGAAGAGCCUAUCAGAACUCUACUUGGGAAACAAUCCUAGCCUCCGAGAGCUCCCUCCUGAGCUGGGGCAGCUGGGCAACCUCUGGCAGUUGGACAUUGAAGACCUGAAUAUUGGCAACGUGCCUGCAGAGAUCAGAAAAGAAGGCCCCAAAGCGAUGCUGUCUUACCUGCGUGCUCAGUUGCGGAAAGCAGAGAAGUGCAAGCAGAUGAAGAUGAUCAUCGUGGGUCCGCCGCGUCAGGGCAAGUCCACCCUCCUGGAGAUCUUACAGACGGGGAGGGCCCCCCAGGUGGUACACGGCGAGGCCACCAUCAGGACCACCAAGUGGGAGCUGCAGAGGCCGGCUGGCUCGAGAGCCAAGGUUGAGUCUGUGGAGUUCACCGUCUGGGACAUCGGCGGCCCCGCCAGCAUGGCCACAGUCAACCAGUGCUUCUUCACAGACAAGGCCCUGUAUGUGGUGGUCUGGAACCUGGCUCUGGGGGAGGAGGCCGUGGCCAGCCUUCAGUUCUGGCUGCUCAACAUCGAGGCCAAGGCCCCAAACGCCGUGGUGCUGGUGGUGGGAACACAUCUGGACUUAAUUGAAACCAAAUUCCGCGUGGAGAGGAUCGCCACUCUGCGUGCCUAUGUGCUGGCCCUCUGCCGCUCACCCUCUGGGUCCAGGGCCACUGGCUUUCCGGACAUCACGUGUAAACACCUACACGAACUCUCCUGUAAGAGCCUGGAAGGUCAGGAAGGGCUGCGGCAGCUCAUUUUCCAGGUCACAUGCAACAUGAAGGACGUGGGCAGCACCAUAGGCUGCCAGCGACUUGCAGGGAGGCUGAUCCCCAGGAGCUACUUGAGCCUCCAGGAGGCCGUGCUGGCGGAGCAGCAGCGCCGCAGCCUGAGCGACGACGUGCAGUACCUGACAGACCGGCAGCUGGAGCAGCUGGUGGACCAGAUGCCCGGCAGCGAUAUCCGGGACUAUGAGGACCUGCAGUCUGCCAUCAGCUUCCUCAUCGAAACGGGCUCCCUGCUGCACUUCCCGGACACCAGCCACGGCCUGAGGAACCUCUACUUCCUCGACCCCAUCUGGCUGUCCGAGUGUCUGCAGAGAAUCUUCAACAUCAAGGGCUCGCGGUCGGUGGCCAAGAACGGGGUGAUUAGGGCCGAGGACCUGCGCUUGCUGCUGCUUGGCACCGGCUUCACGAAGCAGACGGAAGAACAGUAUUUCCAGUUCCUGGCCAAAUUUGAGAUCGCCCUGCCCGUCGCCAACGACAGCUAUCUCCUGCCUCAUCUCCUUCCAUCCAAACCUGGCCUGGACACCCACGGCAUGCGGCACCCCACAGCCAACACCAUUCAGAGAGUGUUUAAGAUGAGCUUCGUUCCGGUUGGCUUCUGGCAGAGGUUUAUAGCACGGAUGCUGAUCAGCUUGGCAGAGAUGGACCUCCAGCUGUUUGAAAACAGGAAGAACACUAAGAGCAGGCACAGGAAAGUCACCAUUUAUAGUUUUACAGGAAACCAGAGAAAUCGUUGCAGCACAUUCAGAGUGAAAAGGAACCAGACCAUCUAUUGGCAGGAGGGGCUCCUGGUCACUUUUGAUGGGGGCUACCUCAGUGUGGAAUCCUCAGAUGUGAACUGGAAAAAGAAAAAAAGUGGAGGAAUAAAAAUCAUGUGCCAAUCAGAAAUAAGGGACUUCUCGGCAAUGGCUUUUAUCACAGACCAUGUCAACUCCUUGAUUGAUCAGUGGUUUCCCGCCCUGACGGCUACGGAAAGUGACGGGACCCCACUGAUGGAGCAAUAUGUGCCCUGCCCAGUCUGCGAGGCCUCCUGGGCUCAGCACAGCAACCCCAGUGAGAGAUCAGAGGACGUGCAGUACUUCGACAUGGAAGACUGCGUGCUGACAGCCAUCGAGCGGGACUUCAUCUCCUGCCCCAGGCACCCUGACCUCCCAGUGCCUCUCCAGGAGCUGGUCCCCGAGCUGUUCAUGACUGACUUCCCGGCCAGGCUCUUCCUGGAGAACAGCAAGCUGGAGCACAGUGAGGAUGAGAGCGCCGUCCUGGGCCAAGGUGGGAGUGGCACCGUCAUCUACCGGGCCAGGUACCAAGGUCAGCCUGUGGCUGUGAAGCGAUUCCAGAUCAAGAAAUUCAAGAACUUUGCAAAUGCCCCUGCAGAUACCAUGCUGAGGCACCUGCGGGCCACCGACGCCAUGAGGAACUUCUCGGAGUUCCGGCAGGAGGCCAGCAUGCUGCACGCCCUGCAGCACCCCUGCAUCGUGUCGCUCAUCGGCAUCAGCAUCCACCCACUCUGCUUCGCACUGGAGCUCGCCCCCCUGGGCAGCCUCAACACCGUGCUGUCUGAGAAUGCCAGAGAUUCCUCCUUUAUGCCCCUGGGACACAUGCUCACCCAAAAAAUAGCCUACCAGAUAGCCUCUGGCCUGGCCUACCUGCACAAGAAAAACAUCAUCUUCUGUGACCUAAAGUCCGACAACAUCCUGGUCUGGUCUCUGGACAUCAAGGAGCACAUCAACAUCAAGCUAUCCGACUACGGCAUCUCCCGGCAAUCGUUCCACGAGGGCGCCCUCGGUGUGGAGGGCACUCCCGGCUACCAGGCCCCGGAGAUCCGGCCUCGCAUCGUGUAUGACGAGAAGGUAGACAUGUUCUCCUAUGGGAUGGUGCUCUACGAGUUGCUGUCAGGACAGCGGCCUGCACUGGGCCAGCACCAGCUUCAGAUCGCCAAGAAACUGUCCAAGGGCAUCCGCCCAGUUCUGGGUCAGCCAGAGGAAGUGCAGUUCCAUCGACUGCAGGCACUAAUGAUGGAGUGCUGGGAUACGAAGCCGGAGAAGCGACCACUGGCGCUGGCGGUGGUGAGCCAGAUGAAGGACCCGACCUUUGCAACCUUCAUGUACCAACUGCCCUGCGGGAAGCAGACGUCUUUCUUCUCAUCCCAGGGCCAGGAGUACAUGGUGGUGUUCUGGGAAGGCAAGGAGGAGUCCAGGAACUACACGGUGGUGAACACGGAGAAGGGCCUUCUGGAAGUGCAGCAUAUGAGCUGUGCGGGAAUGAAGCUGAGCUGCCAACUCAAGAUCCAGAACUCGCUGUGGACGGCCACCGAGGACCAGAAGAUCUACAUCUACAGCCUCAAGGGCAUGUGUCCACUGAACACACCCCAGCGGGCUUUGGACACCCCGGCCAUCGUCACCUGCUUCUUGGCGGUACCUAUUAUAAAAAAGAACUCCUACCUGGUGCUGGCGGGCCUGGCGGACGGCCUGGUGGCGGUGUUCCCGGCGGCAUGGGGCGCCCCGGACCCCGGCUGCUCCUACCUCUGCUCACACACGGCCAACAGGGCCAGGUUCGGCAUCCCCGACGAGGACGCCCGGCAGAACCCCUACCCCGUGACGGCCAUGGAGGUGGUCAACAGCGGGUCCGAGGUCUGGUACAGCAACGGGCCAGGCCUGUUGGUCAUUGACUGCGCGGCCCUGGAGAUACGCCGGCGGCUAGAGCCCUACACGGCGCCCUCGGUGGUCACGUCUGUGGUGUGCGGCUCGGAGUGCCGUGGUGAGGAGGUGGUGUGGUGCCUGGACGACAGGGCCAACUGCUUGGUGAUGUUCCACUCGGCGACCUACCAGCUGUGCGCCCGCUACUUCUGCGGGGACCCCAGCCCCACUGGGGACGUGUUUCCCGUGCGCCCGAUGGGCCCACCUCCCCUGGACAGCCCCGUGGCCAGCCCGAGGGAGCCCACGAGGGGCUCCAUCGCCGACGUGAGCUUCAUGUUCAGCGAGGAGCUGGGCACACAGAUCCUCACCCACCAGGACUCACUGACCGACUACUGCUCCCUGUCCAGCCUGCCCUGCUCCCCAGCGAGCUCUGCCAGCUUGCCCUUCUGUGCUGACUGCGAGGACAGCAGCCAGCUGCCCAAGCCAGCCGCAGGCUCCGACAGGCCGGCACAUGACCUGAGCCCCGUGGAUGGCGAGGCGUUCAGCCAGCACCUGCAGGCUGUGAAGAUCCUCGCCGUGAAAGACGUCAUCUGGGUCCCCAGGCGCGGUGGAGAUAUCAUCGUCAUUGGCCUGGAGAAGGAGGCAGGAACUCAGCGGGGCCGCGUGAUUGCUGUCUUGAAAGCCCGAGAGCUGACUCCACACGGGGUUCUCAUGGAUGCUGCCGUGGUGGCAAAGGACACGGUUGUGUGCGGCUUUGAGAACGAAAAUCUGGAGUGGUGCCUGGCUGUCUGGAGGGGCUGGGGCACGCAGGAGUUUGACAUUUUCUACCAGUCCUAUGAGGAGCUGGGCCGGCUGGAGGCGUGCGUGCGGAAGAGGAGGUGA